AUGUGAACAGAAAAUUGGGAGGAAAAUGCCGCGAGUGAGAGCGACGCCGGUUCGCGUGUCAGCGUCGGACGCAGCUGCGCGUGGACUCAGUUUAAUUUCCUCGUCGACUCACGGUGGAGCAGCGGCGGCGGCAAAGAAGAAGCGCGGUCGUGGCGGAGACGCGGCGCCGCCGCCUCUCGCGGCGGUCAUUCCUGCAGACGAGACGGCGUUGCUGGAGUUGUCGCGACGUCUGCAACUGACGGAGUUUCACGUGGCCGUCCGUUGCGCCGACGACUCAGUUGCUACUCCGCGAGCUUUACUCGGCCGUGUCCAACUUCCGACGCUCGGCCAACAUUUCGUGAAACGAGGCACAGACCUGGAUGUGUCCCACGACGAGAAUAAACUCGAACAAGUGAACCCUGUUUGCUGCCUUGAAGAAAGGGACUUGUUCGCCGAGUGUCGUCGUCGGGGGAAAGAAGCCUGGUUGUACGUGAGUGCAUUGGAGAACGAGUCUUUCAUCUACUUUGAAGGAGAUGAACCCGUCGACUGGGAUUUCAUCUCGAAGCCGACGGUGGCGAAAAGUGGAAGCAAAAAACGGCGUCGAACGGACGAAUGGUCCUGGGUCCCGUCUUGCUCGUUUGGUGUCGUGCCUGUCGCUGGGAAUUUGCCAAUCGUUUUGUUUGAUGCUUUAAAAAUGAAAUCUCAAUUCACGCUUUACCUCGUUGACGAAGAUGGUCCGUGUCUACGGGUAUUUCUCAAUGAUUCUCAGUUGUUGAGUGAUAUCGAUCCUUGUGAAGAUGGUGCAUCUCGCAAUUUAAAAGCACUUAUCGCAUUCCAGCAUUUCUUCGGGAUUUCUUCUCGUGAAUUCGUCCCUGUGUCAGACGUGGACACGAAGCGUCACGACAAUGCGAGUCUUUAUCGCCAAGUGAAAGAACGCCAUCGUCGCAACGCCGACUACGAUCGUCAUCGAAACUUCCCUGUUCGCCACUGUCAACUCUUGCCUAGUUUACGACCGUAUCAGGUCGAUGCCGUGCGUUGGAUGCUGUCUCGUGAAGAUUUCUUUCCUGACGACAAGAAUGACGUCGAUGAAAUGUCGAAUGAUUUCAAAUCUGCUGAAAAAUCAAAAUUUUCUGAAUCUCCCGCUUUUAUUGCAAAAGUGGAUGAAAGCCAAACCGUUUCCUCAUCGAAUGCUGACGCGAAUUCUUGUUCUAAAAUCGAAGAAGCCUCGUUUAGCAAAUUUGAAUCGCUUGAUGACAAAAAUAACUCGAUGAAUCACCCUUUGUGGCAGCACUUGACGCUUCCCAACGGACUCGACGUUUUCCUCCAGCCCUGGAUGGGCUACGUGACGACGAAAAAACCGGUGCUUGCCAGAAUCCCCCGUGGUGGGAUUCUGGCUGACGAAAUGGGCCUCGGAAAGACCGUGGAAGUCCUGGCCACAGUUUUGAUUAAUCAACGACCGAAUCAUCCGUUGUCGACGCUGAGCAGCGUCAAGCUUGAACCAAUAUCGUCGUCGCCUGAGGAGGAGCCGAAACCGAAUGAUCUUCAAUCAAAUAACGACGCUGUCGAAGAGGAGCCAAAACCGAAUGAUCUUCAAUCAAAUAACAACGCUGUCGAAGAAAAGAAUGAUUCGUCAGUGUCGAUUCCUGACGUCGUUUCCACUGAAAAGACGGAAGUGGAGCCUGAAGUGGAAGUGGUUGAGGAAAAGCCAAAACGGAAAAGGAAACCCGCUGCUAAAAACCCCAAGGCCGGGAAGAAAAUGGCCAAGAAGGGGAAGAAAGAGGAUAAGAAAAAGAAGAGCAGUAACAGAGGGGAGCUAUUGAAAGCUCUGCAGGCUAGUUACCUGAUGCAACUGAGUGCCUACAAUGGCACCAGAGCCGUAACCGAAAGCGCGGCGAGAGCCGAAAAAAAUCGCGGGUUCUUUGUCACGAAAGUGUCGCGUGGUUCCGAGCGGAACUUCGAAUGUCUGUGUGGAAAAGAUGAAGGAUCAUUGGGCAAGAAAGUGGUGUGCACGAAAUGCAGCCUGGCGCAGCAUGCAGCCUGUGUGGACGCGGAGCACGAGACGAGUGGCUACAUUUGUCCACAUUGUCGGGCCAGUUGUUGCGACCCGUUACCGUCGGGGGCGACGCUCAUCGUGACGCCGGCGUCAAUUGCGCACCAGUGGGUGGACGAGGUGAACAAGCACGUCUUGGGCCUGGACGUGCUUAUGUACAACGGACUUUUGCGACAGGGCUACAUUUCACCCGCUGCGCUGGCCAAAAAGGACGUGGUUAUUACCACGUACGAAGCCUUGGCCCAGGAGUUGAGGUAUGUGGACCUGCAGCACCCGACGGACGACGGAAGCAAAGUGCUCCGAGCGCCCAAACGCUAUAUGACGACGCCGAGCCCGAUCACGAGCGUGGACUGGUGGCGGUUGUGUCUGGACGAGGCGCAGAUGGUGGAGGCUGUCUUGAGUCCGACGGCGGUGAUGGCCAGAAGGAUCCCUGCCCAACUGCGCUGGUGCGUCACCGGGACGCCGGUGCAGAGAUCCUUGCGUGACGUUUACGGCUUGUUUGCAUUCCUCGACGCGGAACCCUGGGCCAGAUGGCGUUGGUUUGAGCAGCUGCUGCUGGUGUCGAGUGUGGACUUGGUGGCGGCACUGGCCCGGGUUUUGUGGCGUACCUGCAAGAAGGACGUGUUGCACGAGCUGCAGAUUCCCAGUCGGACGGACACGGUUCACCGCCUGUAUUUUUCUGCCGUCGAGGAACAUUACUACCGAUCCCUGCACUUGAGGUGCAGUCAGGCAGCUUUAUCAAAGAUCGCUUCGCUUCCGCCACAAAUCCAACGGGCGCGACUCGGAGAACUUCAUCCUAAUCUGGUCAAGAAUCUUAUGGCGCCACUGGCGUUCCUCCGCUUGGCGUGUUGCCACCCGAGUCUAGUGACAUCUAGCGGCGACGGGGCGCCGAGGCGAGUCGUAUCGCGUCGUGGAGUCAGGAGACGCCCGGAGCCCGGGAAUGAAUUGGCAGUGGGCGAGGGAUCGGCACCGUCGUCGUCGGCUUAUUACAAGUGCGGAUCCGUCCAUGAACUGCUGGACCAGUUGCUGAGGCGGACCAAAGUGGAGGCGGAGGAAAUGUUGCGGUCAAUUGCUUCUGCCGCCAACGGCUUGGCUGGACUCAGUAUUUUGAAGGAAGACACGGAGGCCGCUGUGGCACAGUACAAGCUGGUGUUGAAAAUGGCGAGCGAGUUCGAAGAGUCGCUGCACAUGGAUAGCUUUCAGCGGCUGCACGCUAUACAAAAUUUGUGCGAAAUUUUACCCGAAGGCGAGGAUGAUAAGGUCCUGCGAGAUAAGGCGGAUGCUAUUCGACUGCAUUUGACUGGCAAGGCCAAGCAGGCGCUUGCGAAGGCGCAAAAUGCCCUAGAAACUAGUCGCCAAGCAGUCGAGAAACUCAGGGACGAAAGCGCGGAAGAACUCGGAAAUCACAUCGUGCAGAAUUGGCUUGGAAUGAUACUGCGUCCUGAUGCAGACACGAAUAAGUUGCUGGCGUUCAUCGAAGCAGAACUGGGACUGGAGAAAAAGCCGUCGUUCGUGAAUGAAUUUAACCGUUCCCGUCAUGUGUCCCGUCUUUCCGCACAUCUAGGUUCGGAGCUUAACAAAGCAGAAAUUUUGCGCACUGAACUCGUGGCACUCAUGGAACUCUUGGCGGGCAGCGAACCUCGGCAACUCGUCACAGCAGCAGUCGAGUGUCACUUGCGCCCCGAACCCAAGCCUGAAAAGAAGAAGACUCGAGGAGGAAAAGGAGAAGAUGAAGAAGACGAUGUUGAUUUUGAUGAAGAAGAAGAAAAUUCGACGAAAGAACAAUGCAUGCUUUGCGAUGCGCACGAUAAGUUGGAAGAGUAUGAGGAACUGUUGUUUGAUGUGCGAGACAAGAAAAAGGGCCACAAGGCGACUGACGACGUUACCUUGUUUGGGGAUUUGCGGCGUGCGACUUGGAAGCCAUCAAAGGUCGACGGUGUCAUGAAAGCAGUGGUGAAAUUCGGAAGGCAGUUCAGUUCCAAAGGAUGCGAAGCAGGAGCGGCGUGUCUCAAAAUAUCGGAAGCUAUGCGGAAAGAGUUUCGUCCAUUGCGAAACGUGUGGAGCUGCGUGUUCGACUCUGUCAGUGUCCAGGACGAAAUGACAAUGUGUGUGUCUCGUCUGGAAAUCGGGCGACCGGAAGACUUCAAGACCAAGAAGGGAAACAAACAAAGACCUGCGAAUAUCGUGUUGCCAGCAGAAAUUGACUUGCGAGCCGUCGAAUUUGUGAACACGAAAAUUGCGAGCGAAGAGCAGUUGGUGAGGAAGCACGCCCACCUGAAAUACCUGCGUCACCUGAAAGCAUCCGGUUUCGGAUCCAGUCGCGACUCGCACAAUGACGAGCCGUGUCCGAUCUGCAGACAGGAGCUGGGACGGCAAUGGGCCCUCUUGCCGUGUGCCCAUUGCUUUUGCCUCGACUGCUGCGAGGCCAUCAUGCAUCGGGCCAGGCUGGACUGUUUGCCGGGUUCGAAUUUCAAGUGUCCCGUGUGUCGUCAAGUGGCGUCGAGGAACGAAGUCUCGUAUGUCAUGAGUGAGGAAGAGGAGAAGGACGUGAGUGGAGGGAAGAAGGAUGAGGAGGAUGAAGACGAAGGUCUCGACGUGGUCGUCGGGGAUCAUUGCACGAAAAUUCGGGGCUUGGUGUUGCAGUUGAAGCGACUUCGGCGGAAGGAUCCCGAGGCGAAGAGCAUCGUUUUCUGCAGCUGGCAUGCGAUGUUGGUAUUCGCGAGGAAAGCUUUGGAAGAAAAUGACAUUCCACUGAGUUUCUACGCUCCUGGUCGCCAAGCAGAAAAACCGCUUCGCCAAUUCAAGUCUGAUCCAAGAGUGGCCGUGUUACUGAUGCAUACUGCUGCUGGCUCAAAGGGGCUGAAUCUCACUGAAGCAAAUCACGUCUUUUUCCUGGACCAAUUGCUGAACCCAGGGCAAGAAUUGCAAGCGAUUGGCCGAAUAGACCGAAUUGGCCAAACCAAGCCGACGUUCGUGCACCGAUUCGUUAUAGCGAGAACGAUUGAGGAAAGUUUAGAUGCCAUGUUGCAGUCGCACCGCGACCACCACCUUCCCCCCCAGCCCAACACUGACAACCCCCAAGGCUCCGACGAGGAAGUGCGGGUCAAACACAGAGAAACGGAGGAAGAAGGAGAAGAAAAAGCUGAAGACGGCGACGACGAUGCGAACAGCGACACUGCUUUAAUGAUCAAUCCGAAAAUACGCUUGGCGGAGCUCAAGUCCUUGUUCACGGGACGGGAAGCUGAUCCGGAGGAAAACUCUUGA